AUGGGUAACCUAAAGUUUCCUCGUAUACGUUUGUAUUGGGAUUCCAGUUUAGAUAUGAAAAUAUUUUUAGAGAACAUGGCCAGAGAUAGAUUUCUUCAGAUGAGAAACAAUUUGCAUGUAAUUGAUAACAAUUCUAUUCCACAAAAUAACACCGAUCGUUUUAUCAAAGUUCGACCUUUAUAUGAUUCAGUUAAAAAACGAUGUCUAGAACUAAAAUAA